CCUCCAUCGCGCGAGUGAAGCUCGUCUUGAUCCGUUCGUGGAUCACGGACUGCCACCGUUGUGCUCUUCUCUAAUAUCGUAGCUGACAGAGGACACGGCGUCCUACUUUUAACGCCUGCCUCGACUUUCGCCGCCGUCACCUGCGUCCUCCCGCGAUACCCGAACAUACCGCCAUCAGCCACCAUGCCUAUCGCGUUGUCGCCAACGACGCAGCCGCGCAACGGGCUCACCAAAUUUACCAACUGCCGGCUCGUCAAGGGCGACCGGCUCGUCAACGAGGACCUCUGGGUCAGCUCGCAGACGGGCAAGAUCAUUCAUAGCCAGGCCACCUUCUACGACGACCUCAACCUGCCCGAUGCGACCAUCGACCUUGGCGGGCGCAUCGUCGCCCCGGGUAUGAUUGAAUGCCAGCUCAACGGCGCCUUCGGUUUCAACUUUUCAACGCUGCUCGACGACAUGUCGCAGUACGGCAAGAAAGUCAAGGAGGUCAACCGCUUGAUGAUCCAGACGGGCGUUACCUCAUACAUCCCCACCAUCACCAGCCAGCGCCCUGAGCUGUAUCAAAAGGCACUUCCGUUCCUCGGCCCUUCGGGAAGCCGGCGUAUUGCAGAUGACGGGGCUGAAUCGCUGGGCGCCCACUGCGAGGGUCCCUUCCUCAAUCCGACCAAGAACGGCGUCCACAACGUCGACGUGCUCAUCGAGGCCCAAGAUUUCUCAGACAUCGAGGCCUGCUAUGGCGCCGAGAACCUCAGGCCGCAGACGCCCGGGGGCACGAUACCCAUCAAGAUGGUCACGGCAGCGCCGGAGCGCGGGCAGAUGAUGAAGCUCAUUCCCGAGCUGGCGUCCCGCGGCAUCAUCUACUCCAUCGGCCACUCGGAGGCGACGUACGAGCAGGCGUCGUCGGCCGUGGGCCAGGGCGCCACCAUGAUCACGCACCUCUUCAACGCCAUGCGUCCGUUGCACCACAGGAACCCAGGCAUCUUCGGCGUCCUGGGCCUGGCCGAGAGCCUGCCCCGGCCCUACUUUGGCAUUAUUUCGGACGGUAUUCAUCUGCACCCUACGACCAUCAAGAUCGCCUUCAACGCGCACCCGGAUGGCUUCAUCCUCGUCACGGAUGCCAUGCACCUCGUCGGUCUGCCCGACGGUGCUUAUCCGUGGACCAACGGCGAGCAAACGUGUAACAUUAUCAAGAAGGGCUCCACGCUGCUGCUCGAAGGCUCCGAAACGAUUGCGGGCAGCUCCAUCACGCUCCUCGAGUGCGUCAACAACUUCCUGCAGUGGUCUGGAACCGACAUUCCCCAGGCCCUCAAGGCCGUGACGGCGACGCCCGCGGCCAUGCUGGGUUUCCAAGGCGUCAAGGGCACGCUCGACGCCGACGCCGAUGCCGACCUCGUCAUCUUCUCCGAGGACACAUCCAACGGCUGCAGCCAGCUCGUCCUCGACGAGGUCUGGAAGUUUGGCACGAGGCUGUACCGCAGCGGCAAAAUUGCCAUGUGAAGUGCCGGCAGCAGAGAAGCAUCCUUGAUCGACCACAAACAAAACACAGAUGCGGCGAAGCACUCGCGGAACCAAUCACGUAGAAUGUAUGAUCGCAUGACGACUCUGACACGGCAGCAAGACGGGCUUGGUGCUUCCUUGAUUUUUCACCACCAUUAUCAUCUGAUUAGCGGCGCAUUUGCAUGGGGCGGUCAUCAUCUUAGUAGUAAAUACGGAGUAUACCAGAGAGAAAAAAAAGGGGCGUCUAGGGCGCACGAGACGUGAAGGCCUUGGGGAACCAUGUUCAAUAGACAAGAGAGGCGUUCUUUUGGGGAUAUCCGAAGUUUGGAACAUGGCUGAAUAGUGAAGAGACAUGUUGGCGCCACGGCUGCUGACGGCUCGCCUGGUGCGACGCGCCGGGGGUCCUUGGAUCCUUGUUGGCUGGAUGCGGGGAGAUUUGCAUGACUGCUUGCUCCUUGACGGUUCCAGGCGAGCCGCCAAGCCUCGUGCACUUCUAGAACUUGCCGGGCCGGCGCGUCAGACCAUGGCAGGGCCGUCGGCGCUUACAACAAUGUAAUGUAGGUAGUACAAGCAUGCACGCGCGGUGCGUAUUACUGGGG